CCGGGCACACACCCUCCGCGCGCGCACACCUCGGACAUUCCCAUAGUGCCUCACGUGACACGCGGCCCGAGCGUGCCCACCGCUCCAUACGCUCACGCACGCGUGCUCACACGCGCGCACACACUCAGCCCCGGCCGCUUCCCAACUCGGCCGACCCCCGCCUGCACCCCGCAGAGGCGCCCAUUGACGGUGACACACCUACACUCAUUCACAGACACACUCCCCCCGCGCCAGCCUCACACAUUCAUAAACAGGCCCCACAAGUACACACGCACCCCCUCGCUGCCUACUCUUCCUUUCGGGAGCCCUGAGUCAUCCCUGCCCCCUCCCAGGGCUCCUAGUGUGCCGCCCGCCACACGGGGACAGGCUGGGGAGCAGGUUGACACCGGGCCAAGGACUUCCUGUAGGUCCCAGGUCAGGGGCCUCGCCUGGACGGUGGCCACAGCCCCUGUGCGGGGGCGGCGCUUCCCUUUCCUGAACUCGGGAUCCUGCGAGAGGAAGCCACGCUGGGCAGGGGCCUUCCUCGGGGAGGAGCUGGGGUGCCAGAGGUCUGGGAUGGGGCGCCUGGUGGCCCGGUACUGAUGGGGGGGACCAAGGAAGGAGCAGAAGGCUGUCCUGUGGGUCCACAGGUCUCCCUUCCUGCUGCUGGCUGGGCCUCCUCGUCCUGGUUUGUCAACUGUCCCUAACCUCCUGGCGCCACUUAAUGCCUGCCCCUUCCGCCCCACAGAAUGGGCGUAGUGGUCUGAGAGGGGCUAGGGGAGCCCCCCACUGCACUGCGGGCCAGAGGCUUCCAGGCUUUGUCUCGGGGUGCUCCUGCUGGCGGCCAGCAUGAGGGGCCUGGAAACAAGGCUGGGGUGUUCCUCUCCACGUUGUCCCUGCUCUCCAGGAGGCUCAGGGGGGCUGAGGACCUUACCAUGGAGUCCAUGUUUGAGGAUGACAUCAGCAUCCUGACCCAGGAGGCCUUGGGGCCAAGUGAGGUGUGGCUGGAUGGCCCCGGAGAUCCCUCGCUGGGGGAGGACAUGUGCUCGGCUUCCCACUUUGCCCUCAUCACAGCCUAUGGGGACAUCAAGGAGCGACUCGGGGGCCUGGAGAGGGAGAACGCCACCCUCCGCCGCCGGCUCAAAGUCUAUGAGAUCAAGUACCCGCUGAUCAGUGACUUCGGGGAGGAGCAUGGUUUCUCUCUGUAUGAAAUCAAGGACGGCUCCCUGCUGGAGGUGGAGAAGGUCAGCCUGCAGCAGAGACUCAACCAGUUCCAGCACGAGUUGCAGAAGAACAAGGAGCAGGAAGAACAGCUGGGGGAGAUGAUCCAGGCUUACGAGAAACUCUGCGUAGAAAAAAGCGACCUGGAGACGGAGCUGGGGGAGAUGCGGGCCCUGGUGGAGACGCACCUGCGGCAGAUCUGCGGCUUGGAGCAGCAGCUUCGACAACAGCAAGGCCUCCGGGAUGCAGCCUUCUCCAGCCUGAGCCCCCCACUGGCCCCCACCCCACCCUGCACCGAGCUGGACCUGCACUACCUGGCUCUGAGAGGAGGCUCCGCUGUGGGUCAUGCGGCCUGGCCGGGUCCGGUGCCAAGUGUGAGCGAGCUGGAGCGCCGGCGGCUGGAGGAGGCGCUGGAGGCUGCCCAGGGUGAGGCGCGGGGGGCUCAUCUCCGAGAGGAGCAGCUGCAGGCCGAGUGUGAGCGGCUGCAGGGGGAGCUGAAGCAGCUGCAGGAGACGCGCGCACAGGACUUGGCCUCCAACCAGUCAGAGCGGGACAUGGCCUGGGUGAAGAGAGUUGGCGAUGAUCAGGUGAAUUUGGCCCUGGCCUACACGGAGCUGACGGAGGAGCUGGGCCGCUUGCGCGAGCUGAGUUCUUUGCAGGGGAGGAUCCUGAGAACCUUGCUACAGGAGCAGGCCCGGAGCUGCGGCCAGAGGCACUCGCCGCUGUCGCAGCGCCACUCUCCGUGCCCAUCGCCCUCCCCGCCGGCCCGUGCGCCGCCACCCUGCCCUCCGUGCCCAUCGCCUGUGCCACAGCGCCGCUCGCCUGCACCCCCGUGCCCAUCCCCGCAGCAGCGCCGCUCGCCUGCACCCCCGUGCCCCACGCCCGCCGACCGCCCGCCAGCCUCCGAGCGCGCCUACGCGCGGCCGCCUGCGCAGCUCGCCAAGGCCGGUUUCCAGGGCCGCCGCAGCUACUCGGAGCUGGCCGAUGGCGCGGCGCUGGCAGGCGCAGUCCCCAACUGGCUGCAGGCCGAGGCGGCCACGCUGCCCAAGCCACGCGCCUACGGCGGCGGCGCCGAGCUCUACGGGCCAGGCCGGCCGCUUAGCCCGCGCCGCGCCUUCGAGGGCCUGCGGCUGCGCUUCGAGAAGCAGCCGUCAGAGGAGGACGAAUGGGCAGUGCCUGCCAGCCCGCCGAGCCCCGAGGCUGGCGCCAUCCGCUGUGCCUCCUUCUGCGCAGGCUUCCCGAUCCCGGAGUCUACUGCUGCUGCCUGCGCCCCCGCCGAGCACGCACAGUCCUGGCCGUCCAUCAACCUGCUGAUGGAGACAGUGGGCUCCGACAUCCGCAGCUGCCCCCUCUGCCAGCUGGGUUUCCCUGUGGGGUACCCAGAUGAUGCUCUCAUCAAACAUAUUGACUCUCACCUGGAGAACAGCAAGAUCUAGGCGCCUCCCCCUGCUGGCCGUCUGCGUCUUCUCCCGUCAUCCCACUCUGAAUGCUGCAUGAAUCUCGUGGGGGGCUCCUGCCCCUCACAACCCCCAGAUACCUCCACAAGCUACCGAGUCAACAUGUGUGCCAUCUUCCCUGGUUCAGGCACUCAGCUCUGGCUCUUCCUUGGGGAGCUCUCACAGCUUCCUAUCCCUGCUGGGGAAGUGGGGAGCUGGGAUAGCACAGGCAGGGUGACACCCCAGCCUCCCCCUUUGUUCUCAAACAGGGUUGGAUCCGAGGGGUAGCUAGGGCUCCAGGAGAGGAGGGCCUGGAUGAUUCCAUGUGUGCCCUGAGCCCCUCCACAAACACCCACCUUCCCCGGCUGGCGUGAGCUCCGUCGGGGGAGCACCUCCCGCAGGGUCCCCAAGGCUGCCCCAACAGAUGCCAGUUCCUCUGUAUUGUGGCCCACCCCACAAUACGGGGGGGGGAGCUCCUGGUGCAGGGGAAGAGGUGGCAGUGUCCUGCAGGCCAGCCCUGUUCUUCCCCUCUGCCCACCCUGGGGAGCAGGGAGGGUGGGAGAGGAAAGGUGCAGAGGACCCUGUUCAAAGGGCCACUAGGGAACCAUGCCCGCCUCCCGGCCCACCAGGUGCAGCCGGUCGAGGCAGGUGCCCCUCCACCCUUCCCCACCGGAGUCCCCUGGGACUCGGCUUCUGUGUGCUGGGUGGGUGUCAUCAGCCCCUGCCACCUGGGCCAGGACCCCAAAACCGGCCCAGGAUGCUGUGGAGGUCAACUUCAAAAGAGCUAACCCCCUUCCUGCGCCCCAUGGACCCACAUUCCCUCUGUGAAAUCUACCUCAGAGUCUACCCUCAGAAGGGUGGGAGCAGAAGGCCCGGGGCCCAGGUCCAAGGUGGGGAGCCUCCUGCCAGGGAGCCUGAUGUCCACACCAAAUGCACCCCUCCACUGCGAGCCUCCCCAGACUUCAGCUGGGGCGGGCGGGCGGCAGUGGCCGUCACCGCCUGCGCAUGCUCCGUUCUGAUCCAAAUCUUCCAGGCGUUCCUGCCCCACGCCCCUCCCCUCUCAGCGCUGAGAGUGAAGGGGUGUGGCAGGUGGGGAAGGGACCCCCGACUCCAGAGACACGGGCGCGUACCCUGAGUGUUCCCCCAGGAGGGGACAUGGGGAAGGGGGCCUGGGAAGGGGUGGGGCCCGAGCUCUGAACAAGUCGGAAGUCCGAAU